ACCCCGUUCAGUGGCUUCUCAGAAGAACAUUUGACCAAACUGGACGAGGUUCUCCAAUCAGCUAGCGUCCAAGAUUUGUUACAGCAGUCAGGAGGCGGGCUAGACUUGCUCGCUCUGGACCAAUCAGAAGCCCAGUUUACAGCCACGCCUAUCCCUGUGAGUGGAGGGGCUGGGGAUGGCGCAAUACCCUCAACAUCAGCUCACGGUGGGGAUAACGAUGACUACCUACCAGAGUCCAUACUGAGUGUGGUGUUCUCGGACCAUGGAUACUGCAUGAACCCAGAUCGAGCCCAGAAGCCCAAGCUGGUAGUAAGCCAGCCCAUAGUGUCCCGGGCUCUUCCUGUCAUGGUGGAGCCCACUAAUGAUUCCCUGCAGCUGGGUGGGCUUCCCACAGCACUUAUGGCUGGAGACUCCAAUGUUGACAUGCCAGACUCAAGCACAGAGAGCCCCACAAACUCCCCACGCAAGUCAGGUCGCCCUACGGCCCGGAACAAGUUCAUGGAUGACGAUUGGGUGACCGGGAGCCCGGGUAAAGGACGUGGCAGGGGUCGUGGUGGUCUUAGUGGGGUCAUGUCCCCAUUUGGUCUCAGGGCAUCUUCUCGUAUCAGUGACCAGAAACAGCGUGACUUAGCAGAGAAAAUUAUGCUGGCUAACAGGCAAGCCAUGGAGGCUGAGAGACAACAGUCUGGCGUCUCUGAUGACAGUGCUGAUCAGCAGUCGCCAUCGAAAAUCCCAGGCCAAGGGGGAGGGAACAGCACAUCUGGGCAGUCUCCAAGAUCAGGUGGAGCUUCAGAUGAAGAUAGUCCAGUGGAAACAAAAGAUAAGAGCGAUGGUGAAUCAGAUAAAGAUGUUCCUGAUGUUGAAGAGUCGGAUAGCGAAGCCGAGGAGGUGGAGAGUAAGAAGAAAGACAAGAAGGUGAAGGUGAAAGAUAAAAAGAAGAAAAAAGGGGGGAAAUAUGAACAGGAUAGUGAUUAUAGUGACGUGGAAGGUUCCAAAAAAGGGAAGAAGAAGAAAAAAGGGAAGAAAAAGGGGAAGGGAAAAAAGGGGGAUGUUGAUGAUGAAAGUGACGAAGGGGAAAGUGGAAAAAAAAGUAAGAAAAAGGGGAAAUUAAAAGGUAAAAAGAAAGGAAAGGGUAAAAAGGACAAGAAGAAAGAAGGGAAAGGUAAAAAGGGAGAAAAAGAUGUUAGUGAUUCGGAUGAAAGUGAUGUUGAUACAGAGAAAGAGAAAGCUGGAAAAUCUCCAAAAUUAAAGAAAAAUAAAAAAUUAACGAAAAAAGAGAGACUUAAGAAACUGAAAGAGGCUAAAGAAGCCAAGAAGAGCAAGUUGUUGGAGAAGAAAAAGGAAAAAAUGAAGGCAAAUAAAAAGAAGGGGAAAAUGACCGAAACAGAGCCGGAAAGUUCUGAUGUUUCACCGAAAAAGAAGUUAGGUGCGAAGAAUAAGGCAGAAGCCGGAAAGAAAGGAAAACAGGAGAAAGAGGUGCCGAAGACUUCUCUGAGAAAGACUAGAAGCAGAGAAAAUACACAGAGUGAGAGUGAGUCUCUUAAAACUCCCCCUAGGAAAGCUAAAGUUGUGGAACUGGAAACUUUGCCGAAAUCAACAGAGCCAAAGAAGAUAAUGACUGCUAGAGCAGCCAAGCGGAGAGGACAGGUUGAAUCAGCGACGCCGUCGAAGAAACCAAAGACAGAGGAUACUGAAAAAACAGAUGAGGCACAAGCUAUGUCAGAAGCUAUAUCCAGCCAAUCUAGAGAAAAGCAAAACAUAUUUGCUAACCUGGGCAUGGAUCUUCUUUCUGAACCGGUUAAAGCUGAACAUGACAGCAAGCCUGAUGCUCUCCCUGUAGCAGAGAGUAAGACAGAACUAGCUGCUGACAAAACAGAAGAGUUACGAGAGAAGAAAUUGGAAAAAGAUUGUGAUGAUAAUGUAGAAAUGAAAAAUGUAGAAAACACUAGCAAAGAUGUUAAUCAAACAAAGGAGGUUAUUGAUAAUGCUAAAGUAGAUAAUAAAGUUGAAAAUGAAACAGACGAAAAAGGUGAAGUAAAAUUAGAUAAACAGAAUGAAGAGAAAUUAAAUGAAAAAUGGGAAGAGAGUAUUUUAGAAGUUCAAGAACAAAGUGUUAGUGUUGAUGGUGAUAAGCAGAAAGUAGAUGAUGUGAAAACUGAAGAAAAACAGCCAUCUGAACAUUCUGACCAUCAUCAUCCACAUCAUCAUCAUAGAAGGCAUUCACAUGAGCACAGAGACUCAAUAUCUAGUGAUAGAAAAGAUGGUGGAAAGAGGGAUUCUCAUGAUAGGAAGGACUCUGAAAGGAGUGAACGGAAACAUUCGCAUGAUCGGGAUAGGAGACACUCUUCCACAUCAUCUUAUCACUCUAAGAAUAAAGAUAAGGAUAGGGAGAGGCAUAAGGAUAAAUUUAAGAGAAAAGAUUCUGAAACAAAAGAUCGAGUAUCUACUAAGAAUGGGAAAGAGUCAAAAGAUAGGGAAGGUGACAAAUCUGCUGCGGGUGUGAAGGAAAGGAGGGAUACUGGUGGAGAAAGGGCUGGAAAAAUUGUUCAAGCUGGUAAAAAGGUUGGGAAAGAUGGUAAACUUAUUACAGGAAAAUUGAAAAAGAAAUCCAAGAAAAAUGAUGAAGCUAUGGAUUCUUCUAUGAUUGAUUUGUUUAAACCUGAUAAUCUUCCAGUAGUUGAGAAAGAAGAAGUUAAGAAAGAAAUAAAAGAGCCGGAAAAAGUGAAAGAAUCGAAAGUGAAAUUUGCUGAAAUUGAUACAAAAGAUAAGGUUCAAAAAGAGAGUAAGAGUGCUGAGGUCGUCAAAAUAACUGAUGAAUUACCUGAUUUGGAACAAGUCAAAUCAGAUAAACAAGUUAAAGAUCAGGUUGAAAAUGUUCAAGGCGAUUCUAGUCAUGAAGCAGAGGUUAAGGUUAAUGCUGUUGAAUGCACUGCAGAAGCUGAAGAUGUUGAUGUUGAUAUUGAGAAUGUUGAUCCUGACCCAAUGGAAACAGGAGAAGCUAAACCUGAUAGUAAAAAUGAGGAACCAAUGGAAGUUGACACUGAGGUUAAGUCCGAAACUGAUGAAAAAGUAAAGGAUGAGGAUAACACUGUAAAAGAAGGGUUAGAAAAAGAAAAAGAAAGCAAUUCAAUAGAUGAUGGGGCAAUGGUGACAGUGAAAGAAAAUGAAAUUGAGGAAGAAAAUAAAAAGGAUUUGAAAAAAGAAAAUGAACAGGAACAAGAAAUAAAGGCUGUUGAAGCUAAAACUGCAAAGAAAGAAGAUGAAGAAAAAAUGCAGGAUAUAACAGAAGAAAAACCGAAAGUUUCAAUUAAGCCGGAAAGAAAGAUUAAACAACCGAUGAGAAUGGCAGACUUUUUCUCUGAAAGAAGGCUUAAGAUUAACGAUCCCAGGCCUAGACUUGUAAAAGAGGUAAAGCCGGAGAAGGAAGAAGUAGUGGAAGAUGUAGAAGCUUCUCCUUCAGGGAGGUCAAAGAGGAAUAAGUCGAAGGCGCUGAGUGAAAUUCUGAAGAAGGAAAAACUUGGAAGUGAUGACGAGGAGGAGGAAGAAUCUGACUCGGACUAUAAUGACGGUGGAGAUGACGAUGAUUUUGAAGAUCCCGACCAGCUCUAUUGUAUCUGUCGGCAGCCACAUAACCAAAGGUUCAUGAUUUGCUGUGACAAAUGUGAAGAAUGGUUUCAUGGGAAAUGUGUCGGCAUUACAAAAGCCCGUGGAGCAGAAAUGGAGAAAAAUAACGAGGAAUAUGUCUGCCCUGCGUGUACAGAGAAACUCAAGAAAGAGGAUGGAAGUGAAUCUCAAGAACCAGACUCUACUGUAAGUAAGGACAACAAGGACACAUUGACAGAACCAAACAAAGAGGCUGAACUAGAGACAGAGAAGACACUCAAAACUUCCAAAGUCACUUCUUCAUCCCAAGAGUCUUCAGAUGAGAAGCUGACGCAGAUCAAAACCCCUACAGUGAAAGUGGUCAAGCUGAAACAGGACACUUUUACACCUGGGAAGAAAGACGUUAAGGAUAAGGAUGAGAUGGCAGAGAAAAAGAAAGAUGAGGCUACACCUAAGUCCAAAAAGCUGAGCACCCAGACUACACCCAAGUCUGUAGGUAAGGGAAACCAGUCUAAGUCUGAAGGGAAAGGAAAAGAUACCAGUAACCAGUCUACACCUAGGAGUGAGGGAAAGGGGGACACAGGAGGCUCGGUGAAAAAGAACAAGAAAGGGGAUGACCUUCAGGAAAAGAGGAAUCGAGUCAUACAGAUAGUGAAGGAGGAGACGGAACAGCAGGAUAAAGACAAACCAAAGGAGAAUAACAAGUGUUUCGCGUGCAAGGCGAAACCAUCGAGGAAGGGCUCGUUGUACUGCAGCGACGAGUGCUGGACGGAGCAUGCCAAACACAACGUCAAGCCGAGUAUUCUGAAGAAAAAACAGCAGAAGAUAUCCCGUAAACCAGAAAAGCACCUAGCCGUGGUUGAGAAGGGGACGGGGAAAACAUUGACCGGAGAAAAGGCUCCGACUGAAAGCGAGUUAGAAGACUGGCUGAAAGACAACCCCACAUUUGAAGUCCUCAAAGCACACCACAAGCCUGCAGCUAAUCCCCUGACGAGCCCAGAGAAGGACAGUGACAAGAAAUCUUCAGGCAAGAGUGACUCCAGCAAGGAUGAGAAACAGUCGGGACCAGAGCCUGUACGGCUCAAUGUACGCAAGGGACUGAGGGAUGCACUAGCAGCUAGGGCAGAGAAAGCCGAUGAUGUCAUGUUGUCAAGCAGUGAAAUCAAGCGUCUAGCUCUCCACAUUGAAGAGGAGAUGUUCAAACACUUCAAGGACACAGACUCCAAAUACAAGGCCAAAUAUCGCAGUCUUGUGUUUAAUAUCAAAGACACCAAGAAUAAUGGUCUGUUCCGCAAAAUCCUGAACCGUCGUAUCCGCCCAAGCAAGCUGAUCCGUAUGUCGGCAGAGGAACUGGCAUCGAAGGAGUUGGCUCAGUGGAGGGAAAUGGAAACGAAAUAUACUUUAGAGAGGAUUAAGCAGACAGAAAAAGAACAUCUCCAGGAGCCAGUUCACUUGGUGAAAAAGACACACAAAGGGGAAGAGAUUAUGGAUGAUGAUCAGAAUGACAUGACUGCCUUAGCUGAUGAGGUGAAGCCAGAACACAAUAAACAGGAACCGAAGGCUGAUGUUCUCAGUGAGCAGCUACCGGACACCACCGAGCAACACGGCAACCACCUGUUUGACUCAAACUGUAAGAUCUGCACGGGAAAGCUUGUCCCUGGGUCUGAAUCCUCUCCCACUAAACCACAGAGCUCAAAGCCAGAUCUAUCCAAGCAAGAAGAGGAAGAGGAAAAAGAAGAGAGAGAACUCACUAAACAGGAGAAGGACAUCCAGGCAGAAGAAGUGGUUAAAGAGGUUCUCAAAGCAAUCGCUCGAGCCAAGGAGGACGCUAAAAAAGGAGAAAUGGAGUCCCAGAGACGAUCUGCCGUCACCGUCAGAUCCCCUGACUCAGCCCUCAGCUCGGGCCUUGAGAAGAACACCAAGUUUACCCCUAUUGGACCAUCGCUAUGGAAGGGCUUCAUAUACAUGCAGGAUGUGUCCAAGUUUGUCACUUCUGCGUACAGGGUUACAGGUUCGGUACAAAAUCUGGAACUGCCAGACACAAUCACGUUGUGUGGAAGAAUUUCCCCGGAGCAUGUCUGGGAUUAUCUGAACAAAAUGAAGAAUUCAGCUACAAGGGACAUCUGUGUGAUCCGCCUCAUCCCAGGCACAAACGAGGAAAAGGCCGCCUACAUAAACCUAUACUCUUACCUAAACAGUCGUAGUCGCUGCGGAGUGGUAGAUAUGAAAAAUAAGAAGAUAAAGGACUUCUACAUCGUACCAUUGGCGUCACAUAGCAAGAUCCCUUCAGUUUUGCUUCCUUUUGAUGGACCAGGUUUAGAAGAGAACCGAUGUCACAUGCUUCUUGGUGUUAUCAUCCGAAACAAGGUCUCCAGUCGACACAGUAGUGUCAGCUCUGAUAAAAGCAAAUCCAGCCAUCACCACACACACAAGAAAGGAGACAGGAAACCCCUUAAGUCAGCCCUUAAAGACCCGGCAAAGUCCCAAUCCAAGAAAGCAUCGUUUGACACACCAUCUGAGAAGUCAUCAACAUCCAAUUCUCCAAAGUCUUCCGACUCUGGCACACCGCAGCCUGGGCCAUCAGGGAAGAAAAAAGGCAUCUCCUUUGACCCAAUCAUUAAAGAGUAUUCGCAUCUAACCGAGCAAGACACUGCCUACACACCUGCAGCAGACGACCCCAUGGACCCUAAUGCCCCAUAUGACCCUGAAAAAGAGGCCCUGAAAGGUCCCAAGGCAAAGAAAGAAAAGUCAUCUGGUGCCGUGUCCAAGAUGAUUGAGAAAAUAGCCCAAAGCAAGAAUCCAGCAGAGGCCACAGCAGCAAUGGUAGCUGCCCUUGCCACCACAACAAAGCUGGGAAACCAGAGAAAACUGCUCUUAGAGCUCACCAAGAAAGUUGAUGAACAAAAAAAAUUGUUGGAGAGAAAACGAAUCUCAGCUAAGAUCGGGCAAUCUCCGAAAGCCUCUAGUCCAAGUCUCCAGACAGGGCAGUCACCCUCACAGUCAAAAACAAACACUGGAAAUCCAAACUUGACUUCCAAAGACCCCCGUUUACGAGCUCAGGCAUUGGCAGCUGCUGGUGCUGCUACUGCUGCUACAGCCUCAUCAUCAACCGCAGAGGAACCAAUGGACAUUGAUCUUAGAGCAGGUUCGGGUACAGUGGCUAGUGAUGUUUCUUCUACUGUGUCAAAAUCUUCAUCCUCAACUUCAGCGCCAUCUGUUCUCUCUGAAUCUUUGUUAAAAGAAUCUGUUUCAUCUUUAUUGUCCUUGACUUCAGAAAUUUCAUCAACUACAACUCCUAGUGAAAAGGCAGGUGCUAAACCAUCGUCUUCAAAGCCUCAAGGAUUUUAUACUGAACAAACAACAAAAACUGAUAGCGGAUCUAAAACUGCAAAAGCUAGUGAUGAGAAUGAAACAGGUGAUGAAAAGAACAAGCAGUAUGACAUUGUUACUCAGUUACAGGCUGAAAUAAGUGGUAAGAAUGCGCCUGGGGAUGGCGAAGAUACUAAACCAGAGAAAGACAAAACCACUUCAGAGAAGGACAAAGAGUCUUCAAAAGUUCCUGACAUUACAUCACUUGUUAAAAACCUUGCAGCAGGGUCUGUAGAUUCAAAAGCAGGUAUUCAGCUUCCAACAGCUCUGAUGUCUCUGUUUUCAAAGCUUCCAGGUUCAGGUGAAGAGCCAGAGUUGGACACAUCCACUCCUGAUAUUCCUGGCUUGGAAAAACCAAGUACGUCACAAAAUAGAGAGGAUCGUGAAUCAGCAGUGGAAACAGACACUGAUUUAAGGGUUAAGUCGAAAAAAAAAAGUAAGACUCAGGAUGAAAAACUUUCAAAAUCAUUUAUGGGAUUUGACUAUGAUUCAGAUUCGUCUGGAGGAAGUUUUGAAGGCUUUGAUGAUGAUGGGACAAAGAAAUUAAGCCCAAGAAAGAGAAAGUUGGUACAAAAGUCAAAUGAUUCUAAACAAACUAAAGUUAAGACCAAUGCAUUUGGUGAUGUAGAUGAGCGAGACAAAACAAACGAUGGUAAUGAUAUUGAUUUGAGAGGGAAAGAUAGAGGUGACAUUGAUUUGAGAGUCGAAUACAAUCCAGAAGACAUUGACGAAAGACAAAAUAAUUUUCCACCCCCUGGUGUGCCAUUUCCACCCACAGUUUUACCAAUGACUUUCAUAGCCUCAAACCAGCCUCCUCCCCCAGGAGAAGAAUGGAACCAACCCAUUUUACCUCCAAUGUCAAUGGCACUGACCCAGAUGCAUAUGGCGUCUGGAGAUUGGCCCCCCUCAACUUUAAAUCCAGAGAGCUCAACCGAAAUCCAGCCCCCUGCACCUGAUAUUCCUACACAGCCUCCUUUACCAGCUGAACCACCUGCUCCUAAACCUCCAGAACCACCAAUGAAGAAGUUAAAACAACCUGCUGAAGAUGAAAUGGGAAGAAAUGAUGAUGCAGGCUCAGAUGAUGAAAUACUGUCAAGAAAUAGUAGGAAAAAGAAGAAGAAGAACAAAAAAAAGAAGGGUGAAACUAUGCCAAGUGAUGUCCGAUUGAAUAAGAUUGUAAUGGACAUUGUGAAAAAGAAACCAAUGACUCCACCCCCUGUCCCGCCAAUUCAGGCCAGAAUGGUUCCCAUACCAAGGGCACCGGAACUUGGACCAGUGAAUCCUAACAUGCCAGUAAUGCCUGGUCCUGUCCAAAUGGCUGAUCCAAAUAUGAUAUCCGUUGCAAGCGGCAUGGUUCCAUCAGGGCAUGUGUCACAGGGCCAGAUGUGGUCAUCGGGGGCGGGUCCUUCUUCAGGUUGGAACAUGGGCGGCAUGGAAGGUCCUGGCCCGGGCGUGAAUACACAGGCACAGUUUCAUCCUGAAAACCUUCCCCCUCAUAUGCAGCCAGGAGUAGCUGUUAGGCCCAUCGAGCCCGGAAACUCUGCAAUGCCCCCUCUAGGGCCAGGGAUGUUCACAAGGCCCCCUGCACCACAGCAAGGCAUAGGGCCCAGGCCAAUGCUUGGCCCUGGACCAGGUCAAGGACACCAGAGACCGCCUUCACUCUUAGAUAUGCCCAUAACUGCUCCCACCCACAAACUCAUAAAGAACUUGGAAUCAAAUGUCGGGUCAAGACCAAUGGCCAAUCCAUUGGUGAGUUAUGAUGUGGAUGACAGUGAUGGCAGUCUUCCACCACCUACAUUGUCAGCAGAGAGUACCCCACAGGGCACUCCAAGACAGCAGUACCAGGGGGAAAUAAUGCCGACGUUACCCGUAAUAUCAACAGAAUAUGGGCAUGGCUUAAUCGAUGCACCUCAUGAGUCAGACGAUGAGGAACAUGAAGAUAGCAGGCAUAGAAGAUCUCAUUCAAGAGAAGAUGAGAGAAGAAGAGACAGAGACAAUAGAGGUCGCCGUGAGAGACACAGGCAUGAUCACCAUAGAUCCAGUAGAAGCGGGUCACGUGACAGGGACUCAGAGGAAAGGCGGCACCGCAGUAGAUCACAUGACCGAUCACAUGACCAUCACCAUAGGGACAGUCGACAUCGGGGAAGACAUUAUCAUAGUCGAAGUGGUCGCCAUUGAACACAGUUUAUUGUCUGAAUUAUUUAUGUACACAUGGUUUAUUUUUUAAUUGUUGUCUUACAGUAUUGACAGAAGAGUAUAGUGGUCAGGAAAAGCAUGAACAUGUAAGCCCUCUACUGGACAAUUGGUGGCCAAGCUUUCUUGAAAUCUGAACUUUAUAUGACCUAGCUUGUUACGAUUUCUGAAGCAAAGUGGAUGUGUAUGAAUUCUGGCUUGUUUUACAAAGACUAGAUAAUGAUUAUCAACUAGGACUGCAGUCUUUUUUAUAAUAUUGAUGACAAUACAUGUAUUUGUGCUAUCACAGUCAUCUUGUUUUUUGAUUGUCUCAGUGAAUAUUUGUGCCUCCUCCACAACAUUGAUCAUGGUUGCAACCAUCCAGGGGAACUCUCUUGCCUACAUAAUAAAAUGAUGACUUACACUUAUACAUUGGGCAAAUUGUUCAGCCUACGUAAUAUUAUGAUUCACACUUUACUUAUGCACUGGUCAAAUUGUUCAGCCUACGUAAUAUUAUGAUUCACACUUAUGCACUGGUCAAAUUGUUCAGCCUAAGUUAUAUUAUGAUGAUUCACACUUGACUCUCAUACUGGGCGAAUUGUUCAGAGCUUUGAUCAAGUUAACAAGAUGAUUAACAACAUUGUUGUUAACUUCUUAAUGUGACAUAUAUGAUGGAGUGCAAAUUUAAAAACAAGUGAAAGAAGAGUUUUCACAAAUCUUGUUGUUAAAAGCAAGUGUCUCCAUUCAACAUUCAGGGCAGUAAAGAGUUGACAGUUAACAAUUUAACGUUGUUAACUGAAACAAAGUUGUGAACAAUCAAUUCACUCUCUGCUAUACCAACUGUGUAAUUGGCAAUAUAAUUGUCAUGAAAUAAAAUACUUGUACAUGUAAUUAUGGUUUCAUCCGACUGAAAACCUAAAUGUUUCUCUGAUUAUAAUUACAGCCAUUGUUGUAAAGUUCUAACUACUUACCUAAAAAUGUAGCGCAAGAUAUGCGGUAUGCUUUUUAGAUAUAUGCAUCCAUGUGCUUUUGGUUACCAAGAUACAAGGGGGCUGAUUGUUCAGAUUUUUGUUAAAGUUAACAAUUUCGUGAAUGUCAUAGUUGUUAACAUUCAAACUGUAUUGCUCUGGAAGUUUCACAGAUGCCUUUUUUAUCUGCAUUAUUCUUAAAGUUUUGAGACACCGAUUUCAGCUGUACUCGUUUUAUUUAAAUAUAUGAGGUCAUCGUCAAAUAUUUUAUCUAUAAAAGUUAACAACGGGGUUGUUAAUUAAGCUGUUAACUUGAACAAAAGUCUGAACAAUCAGGACAAAGUGUAUAAACUUGUUUUAAGAGUAAUCUUAUGUCUGUGUCAUGUGUUUGAUUGACUAUUGGCUACUAGUGUAUAUAUAUAUAUAUAUAAGUUACUUUGUAAGUUACUUUGUCCAUGUAUUUCUUAGAUUUUAGAAAUAUGUACAAUAACAUCCAACUAGAACACAUCAACAUUGAUGUUAAAAGUGAUGAUGCAUGCACUUUAAAUGAAUGCAUUCAGGUUCUACUUAUUUUGUGAUUGAGCUACAAAUAUUGAGCACUUUUUAUUAUAAUUGUCGUGAAUGUCAUUGCAUAUACUGGGGUUCCCAUACAAAAGAACAUUAACUCCCUAUAAAAAAUAGAAAUAGUAUACCGAGACUGUUUUGUGUUGAGCCCAUGGUAAGGUAUAAUGGUAUACCGAGACUGUUUUGUGUUGAGCCCAUGGUAAGGUAUAAUGGUAUACCGAGAUUGUUUUGUAGUUAGCCCAUGGUAUGGUAUAUUGGUAUACCGAGACUGUUUUGUGGUGAUAUACCGAGACUGUUUUGUGGUGAGCCCAUGGUAUGGUAUAUUGGUAUACCGAGACUGUUUUGUGGUGAGCCCAUGGUAUGGUAUAUUGGUAUACCGAGACUGUUUUGUGUUGAGCCCAUGGUAAGGUAUAAUGGUAUACCGAGAUUGUUUUGUAGUUAGCCCAUGGUAUGGUAUAUUGGUAUACCGAGACUGUUUUGUGGUGAGCCCAUGGUAUGGUAUAUUGGUAUACCGAGACUGUUUUGUGGUGAGCCCAUGGAAUGGUAUAUUGGUAUACCGAGACUGUUUCGUGGUGAGCCCAUGGUAUGGUUUAUUGGUAUACCGAGACUGUUUUGUGGUGAGCCCAUGGUAUGGUAUAUUGGUAUACCAAGACUAUUUUAUGUUAGCCCUUGGUAUGGUAUAUAGGUAUAUCGAGACUGUUUUAUGUAAAGGCCGCAUUAUGGUUUAUUGGUAUACCGAGACUGUUCUGUGUUGCAUGUAUUCGUUUUGUGGGAUGAAGACGAAAUGGUUCCAAGUGGCAUUAAAUAAAGAAGUAGAUGACACCUCUAGGAGUUUAAAAUUACUUAUUACAGGGGUUCUUAAUAGCUGGAUUAAUGAUUUAACCUUUAACCCUUUAUCUUCAGUCUUGUUUUUGGCUAGGACAUUUGCAUCAGUAGGAAGUUAAUUGAAAUAAAUAUUAAUGACUUGGAAAACCAUUUAAAAGGGUUCUUAGCCUCCUUAACCUUGCUCUGGCCAUGACUCCCUCAUACUCAUAUAGACCCCCAGCUAUUUUCAGGGUUGAUAUUAAAGAUCUGUUAAAACCCCUGUUAUUAGUGACCAUGCUUUACUACAUGUAAUCCAAAUGCAUGUUAUACCUGUAAGUAAGAUUGUAUGAACUAUUUUUAAUCAUCUGCCUUCUGGCCCUAAUUUCUUGAAACUUCUUAAGUCCCUUAUAACAGGAUUAAGCUAAUCUCGUUAUUUUUGGUUUUCAAUAAAUUGCAUAAUAUUAACUUCUUUAAGACUUUUUAUACUUUAGAUAGGCAUUAACUUUAUGAUAAUCACAAUAAACCAUUUCUCAUUUAUAAAAUUUCAUUUAAAGUAUGUAUUUUGGCUAAUUGAAAUAAGCUACUUAAGCCUGUUAAGCUUAAGAAGUUUCGAGAAAUUGGGGCCUGUAGAUUGGCUAAGGUUUAGUUGGGUUAUUCGAUCAUGUUCUAAAUGAUUGUUUUACAUCAGUUUUACUGUAUAUUUUACGGAUGAUAAGAAUGCAUACAUGUGUUCGUAGUUGUUUUGAAUAAAUUGUUGAAGUUUUAAACUGUAGACGAUUAUGUUGUACAGUGAUGAAUAAAGUUUGCUAAAGCA